AUGUCAUUUCAGCACAGUACAAUGUGUGCGAGUAUUCGGAAGCUGUAUCCAGGCCCUCGGACGAGAAAGCCGAAGAAGCCGCCUGGAGAUACCAAUAAUGAUGAAAAGAGACCCAGGACAGCCUUCUCUGGUCCUCAGUUGGCUAGACUAAAGCAUGAGUUCGCUGAAAACCGGUACCUGACUGAGCGUCGACGCCAGGCGCUGGCUGCUGAACUGGGCCUGGCAGAGGCCCAAAUCAAGAUCUGGUUCCAGAACAAACGAGCCAAAAUCAAGAAGGCUUCAGGGCAUCGCAACCCUCUGGCUCUGCAGCUCAUGGCACAAGGGCUGUACAACCACAGUACGAUACCGUUGACGAAGGAGGAAGAGGAACUGGAAAUGAAGGCAAGAGAAAGAGAACAGGCCCGACAGUGA